CCGAGAGUGACGCGUGGCGUAGAUUACGACGGGCUGCGCCUGUCACACCCGCGGCUUGUUGCGGAGGAGGAGCGGGCGCCAUGGCGGUUCUGCUGGAGACCACUUUGGGCGACGUCGUCAUCGAUCUGUACACUGAGGAGCGGCCGCGCGCCUGCUUGAAUUUCCUGAAGUUGUGCAAAAUAAAGUAUUACAAUUAUUGUCUUAUUCACAAUGUACAGAGGGAUUUCAUCAUACAAACUGGUGAUCCUACAGGGACUGGCCGUGGAGGAGAGUCUGUUUUUGGUCAACUGUAUGGUGAUCAAGCAAGCUUUUUUGAGGCUGAAAAAGUACCAAGAAUUAAGCACAAGAAGAAAGGCACUGUGUCCAUGGUGAACAAUGGCAGUGAUCAACAUGGAUCUCAGUUUCUUAUUACUACAGGAGAUAAUCUAGAUUACCUUGAUGGUGUUCAUACAGUGUUUGGUGAGGUGACAGAAGGCAUGGACAUAAUUAAGAAAAUUAAUGAGACCUUUGUUGACAAGGAUUUUGUACCAUAUCAAGAUAUCAGGAUAAAUCAUACAGUGAUUUUAGAUGAUCCGUUUGAUGACCCUCCUGAUUUAUUAAUUCCUGAUCGAUCACCAGAACCUACGAGGGAACAGCUAGAUAGUGGUCGAAUAGGAGCAGAUGAAGAAAUUGAUGAUUUCAAAGGAAGAUCAGCUGAAGAAGUAGAAGAAAUAAAGGCAGAAAAAGAGGCUAAAACUCAGGCUAUUCUAUUAGAAAUGGUGGGAGACCUACCUGAUGCAGAUAUUAAGCCUCCAGAAAAUGUGCUGUUUGUGUGUAAAUUAAAUCCAGUGACCACUGAUGAAGAUCUGGAGAUAAUAUUCUCAAGAUUUGGGCCAAUAAGAAGUUGUGAAGUUAUUCGGGAUUGGAAGACAGGAGAAUCCCUCUGUUAUGCUUUUAUUGAAUUUGAAAAGGAAGAAGAUUGUGAGAAGGCGUUCUUCAAAAUGGACAAUGUCCUUAUAGACGACAGAAGAAUACAUGUGGAUUUUAGCCAGUCUGUUGCAAAGGUUAAGUGGAAAGGAAAAGGUGGGAAAUACACCAAGAGUGAUUUCAAGGAGUAUGAAAAGGAACAGGAUAAACCAUCUAAUUUGGUUUUGAAAGAUAAAGUAAAGCCCAAGCAGGAUGCAAAAUAUGAUCUUGUACUAGAUGAGCAAGCAGAAGAUUCAAAAUCAAGUCACUCACACACAAGUAAAAAACACAAGAAGAAAACUCGUCACUGCUCUGAAGAACAAGAAGAUGAGGACUACAUGCCGAUCAGAAAUACUAAUCAGGAUAUCUACAGGGAGAUGGGAUUUGGUCACUAUGAAGAAGAAGAAAGCUGUUGGGAGAAACAGAAGAGUGACAAGAGAGACCGACCUCAGAACCGAAGUCGUAGCCGAUCUCGAGAAAGGGACGGCCACUACAGUAAUAGUCACAAAUCCAAGUAUCAGACCGACCCCUACGAAAGAGAACGGAGUAAAAAGAGAGACCGAAGCAGGAGUCCCAAGAAAUCCAAAGAUAAAGAAAAAUCUAAGUACAGAUGAACAAUGAAGAACCAGACAUGAGUGGCUAAUGUAUUUACUGUUGUCUAACUUAGAGCAUCAGCUGUUCAGAUUUCGUGUCAAAGCCGUUAAAGACUCUGCUCGUUAUUUUUUUUUCACACUAGGGUUAUGGCCCUUUUCAGUUGAUACUGAUUGUAUAGGGCACAGAAAGACAAUAAAAAACUGAACAUUUUCUUUGUAUGCUUUUUUACACUAAUUUUAUUGUUAUACAUAAACAGUAGUCUUCAUUUUUAAAGUCUUUCACAUUUUCCACUCUUCUUUUUUUAAAUGAAGUAUUUCAUACUUACAAAAAUUCACAAACAUGUAUAUAUAAGGUAUAAAGAAUAGUAAAUAUUUGUGUGCCCAUGAGCCAGCUUAAGAAAUAGAAUAUCACCUACAUUUUAGAAACUCUCUUUAUGCUCUCUCCUCAAGUGAUGAUUCUGAAUUUUGUAUUUGUCAUUCUCUUGCUUGUUAUAAUUUUACACCAAUGUAUGUAUUCUGAAAUGAAAUGUUAAAUUUUGUAUGUUUUUGAAUUUUAUAUAAAUGGCAUAAUGUAUGUUUACUUCUGUGACUUUUUUCAACUUAGUAUUUUUAGAGAAUCAUUCAUUUUUAUUGCUUUGUAGUAUUGUACGAAUAGACUGCAAUUUACCCAUUCUUCUGUUAAUGGCCAUUUGGAGUUGUUGGUUUGUUUUUGUUUUUGCUAUUGCAAACAGUGCUGCUAUGAACAUUCUGUAUCUAGGAGUGAUAUUACUUGCUCACAUGGUAUGAAUAUUUUCAUCUUUACAAGAUAAUGCCAAAUUAUAUUCUGCAGUGGCUGAACCAGUUUAUACCCCGACCAGCUCUGUGUGAGUUACCUUUGUAUUACAUCAUCUCAAACACUUCUUAGUUUCAUACUUUUAAAUUUUGCCAAUGUAGUGGAUGCUUAGUGGUACCUUCUUGUGGUUUCCAGCAAGA